UCUUUCAAAGUAGGUCGGCAUGAUGAGAAACAACAAUGGCAGACACACCCAAUAUCGUGUCCGCCACCUCGAACCUACAUGAUGCCCCUUCGGCUUCUGUAAAUACCACCUCAUCUACUCAAGUGAAACCCAAAUCUCGUCCUUCUACCCCCAAAGGACCUCCGCUACAUCAAUUAUAUGCCCUUCCCGUCCCGAUUCGUACCUUUCCGCUACCCAGCUUCUAUCCAAAUAACCCAAUAUCUCUUUUCCAUGUCAUUUACGCAUGGGUUGGCCAACUCAUCUCUCCGCCACCAGCUGAACCUGCUAUUAUCUACCAAGGUAUCUGGUCACCUGAGACUCGAUCUGUUCAUAUCAAGGAUCCUAAGUCAAUAAGGGCAUUAUGGGAGCAGGGAUUCUUUGGUAAAGGUAACUACAGCCGAAGUGAGCCAAAUUGGCUCAAGCGAGAACAAGCUCGGAAAGGCAAUAAUGGAAAUCAUAUCGCCGAAGACGUGACUGCUCAGAGGCGGGAAGAGCGUAAGAUGAUGAAAUGGGAUCGUGCUAGAAAAGAGCAAGAAGCUAUCCAGCGAACCAGACUUCAAGAAGCCUGGGUAGCCCCCGUCGGGCCUAUGGAAUUGUUAGCUCUUCCCAACUCGGAACACGAUUUGAAACCUGGAUACCCUAACGAUUCACUAAAUGGAACACCUACUCAGAGUAUCAUUACAAAUAGCACCGAGGGUUUGGGUUUAAGCUCUGGUUAUGCGACGCCGAAUGGGGAUGCUACACUAGCAAAUGCCACUGCGGUGGAUGCUACUGAUGCUAUCGCCGAUGGGAAAGAUGCAGUCCCAGCAUUACCCGAUAUGAAUGGCUAUGCUUCACCCCCGCAUACGCCGACAAGUCCUAUCAAGAGACGCAAAUCCGUACGAUUUUCGCCCAAGGUUGACUCAACGACUUUUCAGCUAUCUGAUCCACCGAAUCCCAACCAUGGUACACAAUCAAAUGGAGGUGUAGUUAAUGGAAAUUUGACAAAUGGAAGUUCUCCAUCGUCUCAGUCGGCCAAAUCAGGCCCGUUUGAGUCUAUCUCGGAAAGUUCCACUACUUCCACGUCGGGUCCGACCAGUUCUGAGUUGAAUUCUGAGAUCGUAGACAAGGAGCAUCUCCAAUUAUGCCUUGAAGAAGUUUUCUAUCUCGUAUUCGCUCUUGGGGCUCUAACUGUCUUAAAUCCAGUGACUGGCAAGCCGUUUACUACAUCAGAUUUAUUCACACUCUGCCGUCAGACAUCAUAUAUUCCUCCGAGAAUGAAGAAUCUUCAACCGGACGACCCCUUUCUUAUUCAUUAUGCUGCCUACCACCACUUUCGUUCUCUUGGCUGGGUAACACGGCCUGGUAUCAAGUUUGGCGUGGAUUGGAUGUUGUACAACCGAGGUCCCGUCUUUUCCCACGCCGAAUUCGCAGUGAUUGUGUUACCUGCUUACACAGGCCCUUGGUGGAAGACUGAAGGUCGUCAACCACCUCGGAAGUCUUGGCAUUGGCUUCAUACUAUAAAUCGUGUGCAAGCCACGGCAUUGAAGACUCUAGUCCUCGCUUACGUUGAUAUACCACCUCCAUUUGAUGACGAGCUUGGCGCUACAGAGAUCUUUAAGCGAUAUAGAGUCAGGGAAUUUAUUGUUAGAAGAUGGUUAAGCAAUCGGAAUAGAGAUUAAGUGGCCGUUUAAUGAAAUGCAUUAGGCGGUAUUGCAUUGGGUGGCGUUCGGGCUGAUCUAGAUACAUGGCUUGAUAUGAUUAGACGUGCUCAAUGAUGAUAGACGUGUUGAAUUCUAAUACCAGCUCUUGAACAUGAAUGAUCUGCCUAUAGCUUAUCCAGUAAUUUACCCAUAUUUGAGGCGUGAUAUAUAUCCUAACCAAAA